AAAAGAAAAAAGGAACACGAUCAACAUAAAACUUACAACGGCAACACUGCUAGCCUGUCAAUGUCACUCUGACACUCAACAUCAACAGUUGACACAUUUUCUUUCUCUUUUGCAAACCUUGUCGAGAAGAAAAUGGCCACCUCAAAGAAGAAGACUAGGAAGUUAAGAGGGCAUGUGAGCCAUGGACAUGGACGCAUCGGUAAGCACCGCAAGCACCCUGGAGGUCGUGGUAACGCUGGAGGUGAGCACCACCACAGAAUCAAUAUGGACAAGUACCACCCUGGAUACUUUGGGAAGCUUGGUAUGAGGAAUUACCAUCUCCGUAAGAACAAGGACUUCUGCCCUGUCAUGAACCUAGACAAGCUGUGGAGCCUGGUGUCAGAGCAAGCUCGCCUGAAGUACGCCAGUGCAACUGACGGCAAGGUUCCAGUCAUCAACAUUGUUAAGGCUGGAUAUUACAAAUUACUGGGCAAAGGAAAACUUCCCAAGCAGCCUGUGAUUGUUAAAGCAAAAUUCUUCUCAAAAUCAGCUGAGAGGAAAAUCAAGGAAGUUGGUGGUGUUUGCGUUCUAUCUGCGUAAUUUUAAGUAUAAAAUAAAAUUGUAAAAACA